UCUAUUUUCGUUGGAACGGAAAAACAAAUGGUUCGAAUGAAGCAAUUUGAUAUAUAUGGUAAGUGACAAGGUCGAUUAUAUUGAUUAUCAUCGAUAUAGAAACGUAUCUGUUUGCAUUGGAUAGUACAUCUAAAAUGAUGACACAGUAAACCGAACUAGUUUCCAUUUAUUUUUUAGACAUACCAAGAAAUGAUUAAUUAAAUUGCGUCGCAUUUGGGCUAAUCGCGAACAGAAAAUAUAUUCCUCGGAAAUAUUGUUAUUCAACUAAAGGACGACUGCCAUCAAUCAUGAACCAACAACAACAACAACAAAAGCUUCAACGAAAGCAAGCAGUUGUUCAGCGAAAAACCAGUGCAGAAAUUGUUAAUGAAGCAAAAAAUAUGCUGGCUGGAGGUGUUGUUCGCUUAAUAUCAACAAAAAGGCCGAUAACACCUCGUGAGCCACGUCGAUUAUAUGGAAAAUUGGCUCCGAGUGGUCAACGACCUCCUAGUGCUUUCAGUUUACGUUACCUUCAAUUUGAAAGUCGAGCGUUGCCAUCGAUUGAUCCGUUGCCAACGAUUUCGAAUGGCCGGCUACCAGACAAUGCAUCACUGUUGAGAACUCAGUCAACUGGCUCGUUGCAAGGAAGGGACGAUGAUUCCAAUAAUAAUCAAAAUAAGCUACCGUCACUGUUGUUGCAUCCGGCAAAAGUUACGGUGUCGAUGGACAAUUUAUAUGAGGAAAUGCCUCCGCGGAACGAUGAUCAAACAACAACCUCAAAUACAAGAAACGUCCUGGUCAAACAGAAGAAAGACCCAGUCGUUGAAGCUCCAAAAUAUUCCAAAUCGAACGCAGUGGACGAUAAAGUGAAGAAAGGGCGACUGUUACGGACCAAUGAUCUAUUAGCACAGUCGUCAACGGAAACGUUGCUGGAUAUGUUAAAGGCUAAUGCUGGUAUCAAAGAGUGCAGUGACGAGACUACUGCGCACAUCAACGGGAUUCUCACUGAAUUAUAUUUACGAGUGAAAGGAGCUCGUGGAGAAUGGCGUGGAGCUGUACUCGGGUCGUUGUAUGGAUUGGUAGAAUGUGAAUCACCGAAAAUUUUACUGUCUGUUGCUAGAGUCGUUCUCGUGCUUUGCGUCACUGGGAGUAAUUUAACAGGGGCUUGUAAAUUGGUAUUUAAAGUGGCGAGGAAUGCAGCCAACGACUACUUAUUUUUUGAAUGUGAUAUCCCAGAACUGCUAGUAGAGGGUUUAGGACGAGCCAGUCCAAUUGAAGAGCCAGAGGCCUGCAUUUAUGGAUACGGUGCGGUCAGGUUUCUGGCUUCAAUGAGCAUUAAGGACUCAGAAGAUGCUUCAUCAUCGGGUAAAGUUCGGACAAAGACAGUUUCCCAGAGACUAGUACGACAAGGUGCUAUGCAAUUGAUGAUCCUUCAUCUCCAAAUUUUAAAUGAAUUUGGAGCCACGACGAAACUAAGCCAUCAACUCACUCAUGCGCUAUUUCAACUUUCUGGGGCAUUCCGUGCAUUAGUAUUGGCUAAGUCACCCGCUGAAAAUGAUAAGGACUAUGCUGUGCCUUCCCUUUUCUCAGCAACUGCAAAGCAAUUUCCUCAGAUAAAAGAAACAUUCGAAGAAGAAUCGUUCCGAUUGCAUCUAGCGAUUCCGCAUUUGGUACGUGCUGCUGAAAUAUCCAUGGGUGAAAUGGUAGUGCAGACGAAUCUAGUGCGAACAUUAAGCAUAAUGUCAGAGAAUGGUGAAUGCUGUCGCGUUCUCUCGGAGCACGCCAGCAGAUUAGGCAUUUUAUUGGGACCAAUUGGAAAAGACUAUCCGGAAAAGUCGAUGGGUAUGUUGGUUCGCUUAGGGUAUGUUCUGGGAAAUGUAAUGGCCUCAUACGAUUCGGCAAGGUGUCAGUUUUUUAACAAUGACGUCGCAAUGGACUAUCUACUCGGCACCUUAGAAAGUUGUUCCAACAAAAAGUUCGUUGACCAAAAACAAGAGGGAGAGAUCCUUGACGUUACAAUCAAAUUGGUGAGAGUUGUGGCUAAUAUGAGCGUCAAUAAUGAAGUUGGUUAUGGGCUCGGGGUCAGGAAAUCUUUGGGAAGCACUUUGUUAACGCUUCUUCUGGCAGUCAACAAUUCUAAACUGAAAUCUUCAGCCGAACUAGAAGAACUAUUGUUAGCUACACUGGGAGCAUUACACAACCUAUCUUUCUAUCAGGAUUUAGCGGAAGAUGAUAACAAUUACCCAGUCAGUUCGAUGGCAGCAAGACUGUCAGACCUAAGCGUUGUUCUUUGCUCAACCAUUGUAUCUGGACCUAAUUCUGCUAAAGCUGAGGCCGCCAGAGUACUUGGGAAUAUGACGCGAUGUUCAAAAGUUCGUAAUCAUUUCUGUGAGGCUGGUGGUUUGAAAGUGAUAGUUCAGCAAUUGCGAUCAGAUGAUUUAGAAUUGGUAGCUGCAUCAUGCGGCAUUUUGGUCAAUUUACUUGGAGAUUGGGAACGUAGAUCGGUAUUUAGAGAGCUCAAUGGGCCAUCUUUACUCAUCGAUGCUUUACAGCACGGUUCUAUGCAAAAUUGGGUUCUAGCUGGUAUCAUUUGCCAAGCAAUGUGGAACUAUCUAAUCGAUUCACCGUCCAUAGUCGAACUGCUAGGCGAAAAUGAAACUGAAUUCAUUGCCGGAAUGCUGUCGGAGUAUUUGGACGAGGAUACACUGUUCAACGGUGAACAACCCGAUCAGUUGUGGGAACAAUUUGCCAUUGUUGCAACGGAUUUGUUGGAACGCAUACAGACGGCGAUGCCGUAUUCAUCGUAUGCAUCGUCUGAUGAGGAUGACAUGCAAGUUACUAAGAAUGGCGACUAUUGGGGUGGACAAUUUCGAACGUGGCUAGAUAAUGAACAUUAGCCUUAGCGUUAGUCGCUUGUGGUGUUGAUAGCGAUGAUGAAAAUAAGCGCAUUCUAAUUAGAGAAAAACUUAUGUUAAGACCAAUGAAGUAAAAGAUGUGUGUGUCCUUUAAACAGAAAACAAACGUGUAACAGUUGUCGAAAGGUUAGUUGAGUAGUGUGUGCAGCCGUUGGAAAGAUUAUCAAUGUAAUUCGU